UCGUACAGGUACAGUGAGGUACUGUACGUACAAACAAAUUGAAUCAAGGGAAGCUGUGCGUGGACGCGAGGCAAGAGAUUUUUUUAAGCGUCGGACAAAACGGAAAAGAAUGAAGGGAUUGAACAAGUUCGGGAAUGAUGAUAAAGCUAAUGCCUCCACUUUUGUUCUUAUCAUUGUCAUUGCCUUGAACUUGAUUGGAGGGGUUGAGGGGAUGCUUCAACCCCUGAAAUAUGCUGAACCAGAAACUUUGUUCCCUGUCUUGUUCGAAUCAAACCGCGUGCUUGUGGUUCGAAAACCGCACGGAAUCGGCCAUCACGACGAAUCAUCUUCCUUCGCUGCAUUGGAUAACAAAGAUCAACGUCAUGAAGCCUUGAGCACACCAGGAGUUCUUCGACUACUGAGAAGCGAAAGGCAGCGUCAAAGAGAUGAAGAAGGAGAACGAUUGUACGGCGUCCAUCGUCUCGACAAGGUGACGUCGGGGAUUCUGGUGUUKGCCAAGGAUACUUUGACGGCAUCCACACUAUCUGAAUACUUCACKAAGGGGAAAAUUCAGAAGGUUUAUUUUGGUAUGUCGGCAAAGAAACCACAAAAGAAAAAGCAGGGCCUGGUCCAGGGCGGAAUGACACGAUCUCGCAACAAGAGCUGGAAACUUCUACGGAAACCAAAACAUGGCGAAAAGCCACAAAGGAACUUUGCGAAAACACGUUUCUUUACUACCGGCAUUCAAGCGAAUCAAAUAAUUGAUCAAGGAGGAGAUGUAAUCAAUGCGAUGUCAAAAGUCAAGACGGUUGCCAUGUUUCGUCCCUAUACAGGCAGGACGCAUCAACUGAGGGUAGCAGCAAAAGCAAUGGGAAUACCUUUAYUAGGAGAUCCCAUAUACAAGGAUGGCGGCGKWGACAAAAAUAACACUGGCGAAGAUAUAGAGCUUGCUGCUACAAGAACCAUGUUGCAUGCGUCUGGAAUACAUAUUCCAAAAUUUCUAGAUCAAGCAGAAAUAAACGUUUGGUGCUCGCCGACCUUCUUCCAUGAUGUUCAAAGUAUGGAUCAAGCCCUAGAUUGUUCAAAUAUUUCAAGCAAGAAAAUGGCUUCUCUGGCGGACUCAUUGGACGUUGCAGUAUCAAAAUUAAUGACUAAGAACUGCGAUGUUCCGGGAAUUUUWGAAGCCAUGAUGACGCAGCAAUCAAAGAAAAAACAACAUUAGUGUUUCUCUUCAUCAUUCCUAAGACCAAGCAAAUUCCACCAAGCAACUUCCACCAWGAAAUUUCAUCGCCGACGUGAWUAGGCCAAAACAAAGAUCCAAARAGGAGUUUCUUGAAGAGUGCAAAUAAACAAAUGUUAAACCUCAUUGYCAGACUUGUUAUUGUGGUCACUAUCGUCAACCAGCGUCAUUUCUAAGAARUCCAGCAUCUCCCUGACGUACACUGCUUUUGUGGGGAACAUGUGACCCUUUUCGUGAAUUAUUAUUUGGCCAUUCCCUCCAAUCUCGCAUAGCUGCUGGACAGAUUCGACUGGUACCAUUUUGUCGGUCUCACCAGCAAAAUGAAGUUUUGGAAUGCCCUUUCCUCUUUGUCGAACGAGUAGUGAUGAAUUGUCYCCCUCUUCUAGUUCCAUUAUAAAUUGAUUCGCURCAUCGAAKGGUUCCUCUCGAAAUGGUGAGCCCGCUGUCACAACAGCACGAACAGUAGGAAAGGCCCCCAUCAAUACCAUUGCAGUUCCCAACAAUCCGCCUUGGGAAAAUCCAAUCACAGCAUCAUAAUCUUUGCCCUUUGUAGAUUCAAUCACGUAGUCAAAUGCCUCUCUCACAUUUGAUUGAGGUUUACCCGUAGAUUCGUCUCGUAUCCACCAUUCGAGUUGGCGUGGAGGUGGAAGUUGCUGAUUGUUUUCGUCACCACUAUUUUCUACGACUACUUUAAUCUCAAAAGGAGCAUCCAAGAAAUCCAAGUCAUAAAMACGCUGGAGUUUCUUUCGAGCACCGGCAAUUUUGUUUGACAUUAUGUCACCCGAUUGGGAUCUCCCAUGAAGACACAAGAUUUUCUUCUUGCUGACGGCAGCUAUAGAAGUAGUGUCGCUYGACAUCGUACUGCUCCUCGCCGAAAAAGGGGUUUUGUUGUUCGUUGCAAUCAAGGAAAGCGUCUGCC